AUGGGGAUCCGCUUGCCGGGAAUUUUUCAUGCUAAGCAAGCCAUCCGACGAGUUCUCUCAACUCCAAUGGCUAAAGAUGUGCCCAAGGGGCACUUCAGUGUCUAUGUUGGAGAAACUGAGAAGAAGCGAUUUGUUGUACCGAUUUCAUAUUUGAAGCAUCCUUCAUUCCAGGACCUACUUAGGCAGGCUGAAGAAGAGUUUGGCUUUGAUCAUCCAAUGGGUGGUCUUACAAUACCAUGCAGAGAAGAAAUCUUCAUUAAUCUCACCUGCAAUUUGAAUUGCGGAGAAAGAUGGCAAAAACGCUAG